AUUACGAUUGUCUAGUCUGACACCCUGUAUAUCACAGGCUAGAGAAUUUCACCAGUUACCCUGUACUGAGCCCAAUAUCUACAGCAGACGGCAUCCAGAAUUCUCAGACUCCAGGUUAACCAGAAAGGUUAAAGCAAGUCCAAGGCCUGCUACAUUCAGUCUUGGACUGGUGCCACAAAAGCACUGCUCAACCAAGAAAUUGGGGGUCAUGGGAUAGAUUUAAAGUUCAAUAGCUUGUGAACUGCGAGAGCUAGAGACAUCUGAAAGCAUCCUCUGAAAGCAUCCUCUAUCCCUGGUAGGUCACAAAACACUGGACAUUAAAAUCAUAUCAGUCUAAGAACCAGCAUUCUGACUGCCAGCCCCCCAUACUAAGGUAAUACAAACAGAUAAAGGGAUGGGUAGCUCUUCUCUCCCCUCCACCCCCCCUUGAAUUCUGACAUGGAGCAGCGCUCUUCGAUCCUCUAUUGUAUUAAAUAUGUAUAUAAUGCCAUUAGCACACGGUGCUUUAGAACUACAAGCCAAUGCUUUAUCCCACUUGAACAUUUAGAAUCGCCCAGCUUUGAGAUGGGAAACGGCAGUGCCUAACUAGCAACUUGCAAACUAACAGCUGCUAAAAUCAUAAGAGAAAAACCUGCUGCAAAGAUGCUUAGUUGGCCAGACCAGCGUGCUCCCCUUCCAGAAGAUUAACCCUAGUCCUGAACUAAUGACCAGAACCACAAAAUGCUGAGACCUGUUAGAGAACUAGACCCCUGGUCUGUAGGAAAGGGGAGGACAUCCAGGAAUCCUCAUUCAGGUCGGUACAAUUCAGAAGAUGACAAAUGCAACAAAGCUAGUUGAGCGUACGUCCGGAGAAUUGGGGACCAAUCGUCAGUUGUUCAGGCAGACUGGGGACUCUCAGACAUCCUAUGCCAAAGAUUUGGAGCAACUGAGCAGGAAUAAGAUCACUCACAUUAUUUCAAUCCAUGAAUCUCCCCAGCCACUACUGCAGGAAAUGACUUAUCUUCGCAUUCCUCUGCCAGAUACACCCGAGGCCAACAUCAAGAAGCACUUUAAAGAAUGUAUCAGUUUUAUCCACUACUGUCGCCUGCAUGGAGGGAACUGCCUUGUUCACUGCCUUGCGGGGAUCUCCCGGAGCACCACCAUUGUUGUUGCCUAUGUCAUGGCAGUGACGGAGCUAAGCUGGCAAGAGGUAUUACAGGCGGUAAGAGCGGUGCGACCGAUUGCCAAUCCCAACCCCGGCUUCAAGCAGCAGCUGGAGGAGUUCGGUCACGGCCCUGCACGAAAGAUUCACAGACACCUGGAGCAGAGAUAUGGAGCCGACACUUUCAAUGACGAGGAGGAGAUAAGGCUCCUGCUUCCAGCAGACAGAGAAGGCACAGAUGGACCCCUGCAGGGACUGGUGCCAAGGAGCAGAGACAUCAAGAACACAGUCCCCUUUCUGCUGCGAGUGAAGCAGACGUUCUCCUGCAUCCCCACCUGUUUGAAGUGCUUUGCAGAGCAAAUAAAGAGACAAAAUCUCUGCCUUGAAGAGCUUACGCAGCCCACGGCCCCAGUCCCGCAGGGAGCUUCACCCACGAGAACCUCUGCAUUUGCAGAAAGCUCCAUGGACAUCAGAGGAGACAAUGCAGGCACGGGGCUCUGUCUGCACAGAGCUCGGGAUCAGAGCCUGACAUCAUUCCAGCUGUUUUGGACAUUAAAGUUAAUAAAUUAACAUAAACACAACUCUAUUUAGGAGUGUCCCCCUUCACCCUCUGUCCUGACCUCUAGUACUGCACCUCCCAUGGCAGCCAUGUCCCACCAUCUCAGUCCUGGGUGACGAGAGCUUGGAGGCCCAUGUGUGAAAGUGCAAUUCUAAAAUAGAGUGGAAUAAAGAAUUCAUACAGCUGUGUCCCCGAGUGCAGACUGCCCAAGCAAUUGGACACACCUGGCAAGCGCCCCAGGAACCUGGAAAGCAAAAGACGUUGACUUUAUCCCUGCCACACCGGAGUUAAAUACCCAACAAACCUGCACCUUUGGGCACCGUAUUCCUGCCUCUACAUUACCCAAUAAAA